UUCGUGGCGGACUCCCACAAACUCAGGAGGCCUUACCUCUGCGCACGCGCAUUUUAAGUCAGGUUCAUGAAGGGGUAGCAGCGCGUUUCCCGCCUGGCCAGGGCUGGGGGUGUAACAUCACGCGCAGUUUGAUGACGACACUUAGGCGCUGGGUUUCGGAACGGCGGCGUUGGGCCCUGAAUCGAACGGCGCUGUGGGCGCCCCAGUGGUUUCCUAAGACGGCCAUCUUUGACUCUCCACGGGAACCUGCCAUGGCGUUCCCUCACUUGCAGCAGCCCAGUUUCCUACUGGCUAGUCUGAAAGCUGACUGUGUAAAUAAGCCCUUUGCACAGCGGUGCCAAGACUUGGUUAAAGUCAUUGAGGAUUUCCCAGCAAAGGAGCUGCACACCAUUUUCCCAUGGCUGGUAGAGAACAUUUUCGGCAGUCUGGACGGCGUCCUCAUUGGCUGGAACCUCCGCUGCCUACAGGGGCGUGUGAACCCUGUAGAAUACAGCAUCGCAAUGGAGUUUCUAGACCCUGGUGGCCCAAUGAUGAAGUUGGUUUAUAAACUGCAAGCUGAAGACUAUAAGUUUGAUUUUCCAGUCUCCUACCUUCCGGGCCCCGUGAAGGCGUCCAUCCAGGAGCGAGUCCUCCCCGACAGCCCUCUGUACCACAACAAGGUCCAGUUCCCCCCUAGCGGGGGCCUCGGCCUCAACCUGGCACUCAAUCCAUUUGAGUAUUAUAUAUUCUUCUUUGCCUUGAGCCUCAUCACUCAGAAGCCACUGCCCUUGUCCCUCCAUGUCCGGACUUCAGACUGUGCUUACUUCCUCCUGGUGGACAGGUACCUGUCGUGGUUCCUGCCCAUAGAAGGCAGCGUGCUCCCCCCACUCUUCUCCAGUCCUGGAGGGUCUAGCCCCUCGCCCGCUCCCAGGACACCAGCCAUAUCCUUUGCCUCCUAUGGCCUCCAUCACACCAGCCUCCUGAAGCGCCACAUCUCCCACCAGACAUCUGUGAACGCAGACCCUGCCUCCCACGAGAUCUGGCGCUCCGAAACCCUGCUGCAGGUGUUUGUUGAGAUGUGGCUCCACCAUUAUUCACUGGAGAUGUACCAGAAGAUGCAGUCCCCUCAUGCCAAGCUGGAGGUUCUGCACUACCGACUCAGUGUCUCCAGCGCCCUCCACAGUCCUGCCCAACCCGGCUUCCAGGCCCUCCACACCUACCAAGAGUCGUUCACGCCCACCGAGGAGCACGUGCUGGUGGUGCGGCUGCUGUUAAAACACCUGCAUGCCUUCUCCAGCAGCCUGAAGCCAGAGCAGGUCUCGCCCUCCGCCCACUCCCAUGCCACCAGCCCCCUGGAGGAGUUCAAACGGGCUGCCAUCCCACGCUUCGUCCAGCAGAAGCUCUACCUCUUUCUGCAGCACUGCUUUGGUCACUGGCCCCUGGAUGCGUCGUUCAGAGCCGUCCUGGAGAUGUGGCUGAGUUACCUGCAGCCGUGGAGGUAUGCUCCUGAGAAGCAGGCCCCGAGCAGUGACACCCAGCCCCGCUGCGUGUCAGAGAGAUGGGCACCCUUUGUCCAGGAGAACCUGCUGAUGUACACCAAGCUGUUUGUGGGCUUCCUGAACCGCGCGCUCCGCACCGACCUGGUUAGCCCCAAGAAUGCGCUCAUGGUGUUCCGGGUGGCCAAAGUCUUUGCCCAGCCCAACCUGAUGGAAAUGAUCCAGAAAGGAGAGCAGCUGUUCCUGGAGCCUGAACUUGUCCUCCCCCACCGCCAGCACCGCAUCUUCAUGACGCCCACAUUCACCGGGAGCUUCCUGUCGUCCUGGCCACCUGCCGUCACCGACACUGCCUUCAAGGUGAAGAGCCAUGUCUACAGCCUGGAGGGCCAGGACUGCAAGUACACCCCGAUGUUUGGGCCCGAGGUCCGCAGCCUGGUCCUGCGUCUGGCUCAGCUCAUUGCCCAGGCCAAGCAGACGGCCAAGUCCAUCUCCGACCAGUCUGCCGAGAGCACAGCCAGCCGCUCCUUCCUGUCGUGGCUGGGCUUCUACCCUUUGGACACCAGCAGCUCCUACCCGACCAAUGACCUUGAUGAAGUGGGGCAGGACAGUGUACGCAAGACAGACGAGUACCUGGAGAAGGCCCUGGAGUACCUGUGCCAGAUGUUCCGACUUAGCGAAGCCCAGCUGGCCCAGCUUACACUUGCCUUGGGGACGACACAGGACGAGAAUGGGAAGAAGCAGCUUCCAGAUUGCAUUGUGGGAGAGGAUGGGCUGGUGCUCACCCCUCUGGGCCGGUAUCAGAUCAUUAAUGGCCUGCGGAGGUUUGAGAUCGAGUACCAGGGCGACUCAGAGCUGCAGCCCAUCCGGAGCUACGAGAUCGCUGGUCUGGUCCGCGUGCUCUUCCGGCUCUCCUCCGCCAUCAACCGCAGAUUUGCAGGCCAGAUGGCAGCCUUGUGUUCCCGGACCGACUUCCUGGGCAGCUUCUGCCGCUACCACCUCACUGAGCCUGUGCCGGCCAACAGGCACCUGCUGAGCCCUGUGAGACGGGCACACGCUGUCAGCCAGGCUGGGGGCCCCAGGCUCAGCCUGCGCUUCCUGGGUAGCUACCGGACGCUGUUCUUGCUCCUGCUGGCUUUCUUUGUGGCCUCCCUGUUCUGCAUCGGGCCCCUGCCCUGCACCCUGAUCCUCAUCCUGAGCUACCUGCUCUACGCCUCGGCCAUGGCGCUGCUCACUGAGUGGGGGAAGCCACACCAGGCCUGACAGCCGACUCGCUUCCAGUAGAAAGAAACCUUCAGAGGCCCCUGGGGAAGGUGAAGGAAGGGCAGAGGCAGCCCCGUGCAGUCUUCUGUCACUUGCGAGCCUGGACACAGUUGUCUUCACACUUGUGGGGGAUGUUUCUGGCAGCAGUGGAAGCACCUGAAAGUGGCCAUGAGCUGAGAAAGGAGACCAUCCCAAGACACUCCACCACCAGGUCACAUCCCAUGUGUUGCUGGAGGAAGAGCCUACCGGGACAAACUGCUGACACCACUCUGAAGGACGCCCUUUAGUCAUUGUGGGACUUAGCUCCUCAAGCUCAGGAGCUGUGGGCUGCCAGCGGCUCCUGCCCUUCCCCAGAGGCCUGGUGCAGCCCUGGCCUGACCCAUCUGCUGUCCUUAAUGUGGUCAGAUGUGCAUUGUGACACCAGGACAAGAUUUUAGCCUCUGGCUCCAGGGAAGAAUCAAAGUUUUCAAAAAGGAUUCCUGAGGAAAUCAGAUUAUGGCUCUCCUCUGACUCCUAAGUGCAGAGCUGCGCUUUGCCGCCACACCUGGUAAAAUGAGGGUCGGUUUUCCAAGUGGAGCCACAGAAUUCCACUUCUAAAGAGAUGAAGUCCUCCACGAGCCCAGGUGCUUCCUAGGGAAUUUUAGCCUUGGGCUCCUUGGCCCCCAGGUCAUCACACCCCCCACUUCAAGGUGGCCCAACAUCACUGCCGCUAUGUCACAGGCGGGACCUUCGUCUUCGGGAAGCAUUGUCAACACACCCAAAUUGAUGGAGUCUGAUCUUAGCGGUGUGUGCUCUACAACCAAAGAUGGUCAAAAGCAGUGUUCAUAUCAUCAGUAAGAUCAGGUACUUAAAGACACAAGCUUUUAAUAAAACAAAUUCAGAUACGACACCGAUAUGUUCAUCCUCAAAUACAGUCCCCACAGGGUCUUGGGCACCUUCAGUUAUCCCACAGAGCAGCUCCAUUUGACCUUAAACCAGGCCUUUAGUUUUUGUGGUGGGUUGUGUAUUUUUUGUUUUUCAAUCCCAUAAAUUUUCGAAAACAUAAAUAGUGGGCUUCCUAUUUUGAUGUAAACUCAGAAUAAUGGUAUUUUGGAGCCUGGGACCAAAAAGCAAAUCUGACAUGUACCUGACCAUGAAUCUUGCUCCAGGAGUCUUCUGGUUUCAGGGCUCAGUCUGCAGAAUUUCACUGCACAGGGCCCGCUGAGAACUCAGGAAGUCUGCAGAAAUGGCCACUGGAUGCCCGUCAUCCCUUUGUCCCUUUGUUCACAAGUCUGGUUAUCUGGUCGUCCUUAGCGCUCCUUGCCCAGGGCUCGGGAGUUUCCUUUACAGCAACAACAGAACACAGGCAGGUUUUAAUUCUGAAAUGCCUGCAGUGGAAAAGGGUGGGGAUGUAGCACAGUCCCUGCUGCUCUAAGCCGUGUGGACUUGACCGUCUACUCCACAGCAGAUCAGAGCAUGCCUUAGUAUGAAAGGCAGCAGUCCUGGGACACACAUAGGUCAUUCUCCUGUGGCUUUGCGUGUACCAGAUCCGGAAGCUCAGCAGGUUGUGUGUGCUCACCAGCCCCGUGUGAGUGCAUCACCAGGAACACUGGAAAACCCAGUUACUGGAGAACUGAGCGUGACAGCUCACACUUGAGCAUUCACUGAACGGCAGCGUGGUUCUAUCAGAAAUCUGCAGCCUGGAGUUGGCCAGCCAGACAGCAGCAAAGGCACACGCUCCCCUGACCACCCCCAGGCUGCCCACGGAGAUCUGCAGCCCAAGAGAGAGACAUGGAUCUCAUCAUGUUCUUGACACUGGCCUCAAGGGAAGUGGGCACUGGCUGACCCAGCCAACCUGCCUCAAACCAUCCCUCAAAAAGGUGGGGUGGCCUUCCCCAAACAGCUGUCAAUUGUUAAAUGUCCCCUAUCCCCUUGGUAGAUCAGUUGCUUUUGGUCACAACUGAUGGAAAUGGGAUAUUAGAUUUUCUGCAAGUUCAGCCUUAACAAAUUAACUGGUUUUUGUUACCAGUCCCAUCCAGUCAAGAGAAGGGGUAUGAGGGUGCAUUGCAAGAUGAUGCCCUGAGGUCAGAUAAUGACACCAUCCCCCACAACACCCACUUCGUGCCUUCCACUGACAAAUGUAUACAUCUCCCUCCCACCCCAACCUCUAUGGUCCUACAGUCAUCCACCACCCAUCACCCUCUCGCCAUCAUUUCUUUCUCACUCGUUUUUCUUCACCCAAAAACAUAUUCAGAACUCACAACACCCUAAACAAAAACAAAAUACUCCAUUUUAUCCAUUUGUUAACCAUGAGCCAGCCACCUGCUGGGUGCCACACUCGCCUGUGCCUGGGACACCAUGGGGAAAAGGCAGGACCUACCCACAGCUCCCAUGACCUCGCAGUGCAGAGCAAGCAGAAUUCAAAGUCUGGGAAUAAGCAACCUGCGAUGCAACAUGACAAGCAGUAGUCAAGGACAGGUAGUUAGGCCUGAAUGCCACUGUGUUGCGGAAGAGCAGCUGGGAGGGAACAGGACUUGUAGGCACUUGGUGGCUUGGGCCUGGGGAGUGAUGGGUUGUGGCAGGAGUUGGGGGGUGGCCAGGUGAGGUAAGGGUGAUGGGACUUCUGUUUUAAAUCAGCCAAAUUUAUGUUUUGUAAAGAUCUGUCACUACAGAUUUGAGAAAGGACUGGCAGGGGUAGGGGAGUGGAGUGGAAGCUGGGGGACCCUGCGUGGAAGAGUGGGCCCAGGAAGGGAGGAGUGGAGGCUGAGCUGGGACUGGUAGAGCCAACCGGCCAGGCUGGAGUCAGGCUACAGGAGCUUCCCUGAUUUGUUUCUGCCCUGACUCCGCUGAGUGUGAUCUUGCCCCAAAUGGUUGCCAGCAGGGACCCUGUGUUCCAUUCCUCCAGGUGAGUCAUCUACUUUGAGGUCUACACCCUGGGGCUAUCAGGCUCUGCGUAGUACACAACCUGCGAGGCCCUGAGUGGGGUGGCCUGGGCAGCCAGAAUGACAUUUUACAUCCCAGUUCCAUUGACUGCCAAGGACUCAGACACAGCAUAGGGUGUGUGGCCUGCAGACCUUCAUGCUAUCUGCUUUGCUGAGAACACACUUUCUCAGCCCUUGGUGGGACACUUGCCUCCUGACCCUUUAAGACCAUAUUCUCCCUGGCACCAUGGGUAGACUCCCUUUCUGACAGGUAAACUUUCCUAGUUAGGAUUUGUCUCCUGCCACCGUCCCAUGUGCCAUCUCCUCCUCUCAUUUGCACUCCUUUUCCCCAUUAAGAGUGGCUGACCACACUGGCUGCCCAGGGACCUGGCCUGAACAAAUUGCCCACAUUCACUGUUAUUCUCGGGGCACCUCAGGUGAUUAAAAGUCUUGUCCAUCUUGAGAAAUUUGAGGUAUUAUCCCAUUCAGUUACUUUUUUAAAAAUGAUUUUUUUUUUCAUGUUUACUCUUUAAUGUUAAACUUUUCAAGACAUGGACAACUUUGAGGAAUUCUGUUCUGAAUGCCAAAAAGAAAAACUGCAGAAACAAAGGUCAUGAAAACAUUUAAA